AUGGCGCAAUCCGUUCAAUGCUACUAUUUAUCCCCCAAUUCCGACGCACCAAACAACCCGUUGCCGGUGCUGCACUAUCGCGGGGUCCUGCCUCUGGAGGCGACAGAAGACAUGGCCACCAAGUUUCUGACCGCCAACACUUGGGAAAAGCGAGGCGCCUGGGGACACAUUGGCAUCCGCCAUUUCCAUCCAAACACGCACGAGUGUUAUGGUACGGUCGUCUCGACUCUUGCAGCGGAAGACGUUGGUCGUCUAAUCUUGGCAGGAAUCGUCAGCGGCCGCUCUACAAUGCUUCUCGGCAAGAUAAACGACGGCACGGGCGUGCAUGUCCAGGUGCAAAGGGGAGACGUCAUUGUGCUUCCCGCCGGCACCGCACACUCCAGCAUCGAGAGCACGCCUGAUUACUUCUACAUUGGCGUCUAUCCGCGCGUACGUUCCACUGCGUGGCGGACGUUGUCGCGAGUUGCUCAUGGUGCUGACAAGUUCGACAGCGCCAUCCGAGGUGGGUAA